AUAACUUAGUAUUAGAGCAUUAAAAUGGAUGUAAACAAGAGUGCAUUCUCACAAGAGAAUGAAUCAAUCAAGCUUGAUUAUUCCUUCCAAAACCCCUCAAUUUCAGGCUCAAGAGAUGACAGGAAAUUAGGAAAAUUAGGAAAUGCUGGCUCUUCAUUCAAGACAAGAGUAGUCUCAAUCUUACCCAAACAGAAAAGUACUAGUUCAAAUGACUCUAAAACACUUAAAUGAAGGAACAAAAAUUUUGACAGGUAUCGCUUUAAGUCUCCUGAACUUAUUGGCAGGACUAUAAUUCCAAGGCAGAUUCUGCUUAAAUAGAAGCGAGGCCAAAUCUAGAAUAAGCAGCUUCUCUAGUGACAAAUUUGAUAAAUAGAAACUCUAAAAAUAUCCACAGAGCCAGUAGACCUAGCUUUAUGACCAAUACAAUGAAACGAAAGAUGUACAAGAAGAGGAACUUUAGCUUGUACGAACAAAAGCCUAGGAAUUUCUCAAUCCUCAAAAGAAGAGUGGGUUCGAUAGCUCCCUCGAAGAUAGAAAGGCCGAGUAAAGAGCUCAGGUUUAGCUCAAUCUUAGCUAAAACAUCCAGAAAUAUACAGUCACCUGCUGUGAAUCCUAUAGAGGAAGUGAAUGAGGAAAUUCAUGAGGACCCUGUGCCGAGUAUGCAUACCCAGAAAGUCCAACAAAUCAAUGCAAAAGAUCAUAACUCGCGCUUCUCUCGACUGAUAAGCCCCUCGCCUAGAAUUAUCGGAAGAUCCACACUUAACAAUUUUGAAAAAUAUAAAUUUGACUUCCAGUCUCGAAGAGGUACAACUGAUCAAUUCAUUCAGCAAAGACGAACAAUCAAAAGAGAACCAACCUUUGUUCUCUCACUAGAUGAUAGGAAGGUAGUUGAGCACACCAUUGAGGAGGAGAAGGGCUCCUCUCUUUCUCGUAAAUCAAGGAUCAGCAAAAGCCGGUCGAGGAAAAGCAAAUUCUCAAAUUCUAGAAAUUGGAAAAACUCUCAAAGGCGGGCAGAGACUAUCGUCAAUCGGUCAAAUGCUAUGUCAGUCUCCCCUCGGAACAAGCAAUCUAGCAAGAUAGUUCAGAUAACCACUCAACCAACAAUAGAGAAUUUCUUUUCUCUUGAUGAUCAUGCAAAGAAGACUAAAGAUUGGAAUUUAUCAAAACAGCCUAAGGAGAGUAAGAACCCCACAAAGGUUACUUUCUCCAGUCAGAAUCUCAUCUACCCCACUCCUUUCUCAAGUCUUAGCAAGAAAGAGAAAAGGAAGUACCGGGAUAGGAGUUUUAAGUCUCAUAAGAAAGGAUUUGAUAAAAGACUUAAAUAAAAUGGAAAUCAAGCACAAAAAUAUUCGUAAAUCCUUGCGGCGGUCCAUGAACAAAAAUAAGGGAAAAUUCAAGAAACAAUCAGUUAUUACAGGAGAAAAAUGGAUGCUCAAGUUCAUUGAAAUUCCUAAAUUCAACACAAUGCAACGAAAUACCUUAAUGGAGAAAACUAGUGAAGAAAUCAGGCAGAUUAUCCGUCAGAGGAAGAAGGAGUCAGUCCUGAUGCUCUAACCCUAAC